GCGAACGCACAACCAUUUCGAGUCGUCCGACAUUCCAAUCCGCCAUUUCUCGCGCUUCCACGUCAACCGUCGCGACUGCGCCAUCCGUUACACUUCGCGACUUCGCCAUCCGUUACGCUUCGCGACUUCGCCAUCCGUUACACUUCGCGACUUCGCCAUCCGUUACACUUCGCGACUUCGCCAUCCGUUACACUCGUCACCAA